GUCCGUGCAACGUCGCAGCGGACACCCUCAGUCCUCAUGACCCGCGCCGCCCAAGGGGACGCGACGGAGGAAGAGGAGCUGGACUAUGACGAUGAGCCGAUGGAUGAGCAGGGGGGAGAGGCCGAGGACGAGGAUCUAGAACUGCUGUUGGCAGAACCCGCAGCUGACCCCGCAGCCGACCCUGCUGCUGCCGGCCCCUCCCAGCCCAGCCGGCCAGCAGUGCCCUCGCCCCCACCAGCUGUACGGACGCCUGCCGCCAACGCGGGCGCCGCCACCUCAGGAGGCAACCGGCGGCAGGGCCCCCAGCAGGAGCCCGCCCAACAGCGUCAGGACGCCCUGGACCUUAGCCACAUCCAGGACGCCAAGCGCCGAGCCCUCCUGCAACAGAAUGCGGGCCCCAUGUUAGCGGCUCACAAGGCUGACCACCGGGAGGGGUUCCUGAGGAGAGGCAGGGUCCUGUACCCCGACAUGCCGAAGGGCACGGGCCCUUGCCAACACCCGGGGUGCCGCCAGCGACAGCACCACAGCACGGAGAACUGCUACCUCAGGCACCUGCAGCGUGAGAUCAGCGGAACCCCCAGCUCGCCGCCCCAUGAGGACGACCGCGACCGCUCCCGAGAACGCUCACGUGAGCGCCAGCGGCGCAGCUCCAGGGAGCGCUCACGUGAACGUCAACGACGCAGCUCUCGAGAGCGCAGACCGCCGACGCCGCCACCGAGGUACAGGGACCGCUCGCCCCCGCGAGAGUGCCAGCAGCAUGCGCGGGGUCACCCCUGGGGGCAGGCGCCGCCCGGAAGGGGUCCCCCAGUGCUCACGCAGGCAGCAGGAUCGGCAAGUGUCUUCGGGCGCCUGCAAGCGUACCAGCACGGCACCCAGCAACGGACGCUGCUCAGCUUUGCCCAGGACCUCUCUGCCGCGCCCGUCAUCACCGUGGGGUCCAAGCCCUCUAUGGACAGGGAGCUGGAACGUCGCACGCCCCCACAUGUGGCCUUCGACACGGGCUGCAGCUUCCUUGGUGCCGUGGAUCACGCCUGGGUGGAGCACGCCCGGGUGCCGUUCGUACGGGAGCCCAUGCCUGUGCAGGUGGCAGGCAGCUCGACCUACGCAGUAGGCUACGUACCCAACGGCGCCAUCAGCCUCUUCGAUGGGCGCCGCCCCCACGACUUCUAUGGGGACCUGCUGGUGUUCUCGAAUCUGCCAGCCGCGGUCGUGAUAGGGCGGGCGUUCCUGGACGCUACCAACGGCCGCAUCACGUGUGGGCCCCACGCGUUAGUCGAACUGCUCCCACCGGGCGCCAACCAGUGGGUGACGCGCCCGCUGCACUCGUACGAGGCAACUCGACCCACGCUCAUGCUGAUGGAGACGCCGCAACCCUCCGUCAGCCCCAGCCAGCGCAGAGCAACCCCAGCGAGGAGCACUGACCCUUGGGUCACCUCACUGGCCGUCACCCCGCAGCACUUGGCGGCCCAGCAGUGGGCCGCCGACAUCCCGCUGCCACCGGAUGCCGGUGAGGGGCUGGAUGCUGGGGAGGAGGACGACGACCCGCCCGGCAUGGCAGAUGAGAUUGAGGCCCUCCGGCAGCACCAGGAGCCGUGGGACUCACUUGCGUGGAAGCGCAGCUGGGAACGGACCCUUGCGCGCCGCCUGAAGCGGCGGCACCUCAAGAAGCUGCGGAAGGAGAAGCUGCGGCAGAGCGCAGCCAAGGAGGCUGCGGCUGCGCAGGCUGCACGGCUGCGGAAGGAGGCAGUCAGCUCCUACAAAAAGAAGCUGCGUGCGCUCAGGGCAGGCCUCCCGCUGUCGCAGGAGCGACAGGAGGAGCAGAGAGACGAGACCGGAGGCUACUACUGGUGCAACCGUCCGGACAUAACCCCGCAGCAACGACAGCAGCUGCAGGAGCUGGUCCGGGCCAAUGAUCAGGUGUUUGCCCGCUCCCUGAAGGAGCUGGGCUGCUACAACGGUGAGUGCGGG